AUGGGUCUUAAAUACCGGGUUUACUUGGAGGGAAACUGCACUGUUUAUGGAUGCAUAAAAUGUGGAACUCACUUGGCAAUGUCUGAAGCCAUUAUGUCCAAACAAUUCCAAGGCCAACAUGGUCAGGCAUACUUGUUUGAUGAAGUUGUCAAUAUCAGUUUUGGAAAGGCCGAAGACAGAGAAAUGUCAACUGGUUUACAUAGAGUGAGAGACAUCCACUGUAUUCAAUGUGCAUCCUUGCUUGGUUGGACUUACGUCAAGGCUUACGAUAAUGACAAUCGGUAUAAAGAAGGAAAGUUCAUACUUGAAAGAAAGCUUUUAAGAGAUUUGGCAAUGGCCAAGGUACAUCCUAAAAGCCGCAAGUAA